AUGGCACCCAGGAAACGCUUUAGGCCACUUGAAUUAGGGUCACCGACACACUCUAAAAGAAAAGUUCAAAAACCUCUUCAGGAGAAAACGCCAAACCUGCGGGUUUCUCCACUUCCUUCUAAGAUUGGAAAAGAUAUUAAAAAUAAGGAGAUCAGAAAAACGAAAAACAUAGAAUCAGAGAAUAUAUUUAAUUCCAAACACGUUGAUUUGAGAUUAGAGAGCCAGCAUCCAGGCUUAAACUUUGUAAGUGACGCUCAAAAGCGUUCAAAGAUUUCAGAUGUUCGAUAUUUAAAAAAUAAAUCGAGCCAUACAUUGAAGAACGAAAGACAGGCAAUAGAGCCCCCCUCAUUUGAUAAUUCAUUGAGUUUUGAGGAUAUCGAGCAACCUCCGAAAUCUACUUCGACACCGGUUCUUUCGCAGUCCUCCCAAAUAAACGUAGAAAGAGAACCACCCAUGUUUCCAGUUCCUUACUAUAUUGCCCCUUCCCCCAUGUAUAACUUUACCCCGUAUCAAAAUUUUACCGGGAACCCAAUAUUUCUCACACCAAGUUAUAAUCCAAAUUUAAACUAUGCCGUUCCCAUUCAACGGCCAGAAUUGCUUUAUCCGAAUGUUAACGUAUAUGAUUCGCCAUUAUUUAAGAAAGCAAGAUUGCCCCACCAGACGAAAAGUUUAGACAAAGAACAAAAUUACCAAUAUCUUCCAAUAUAUCCGGUCUCGAUUUCCAAUAACGGGGAUUUUGUUGGUCAAGAGACACCGAGGAUAGCACCGAAGCCAAGCAAAAAGAGACUUUCAAAUACAUUGGAUGUUGAUUGUUCUGGUUAUGAGUCUAGUGGACAAAAUGCCACUUAUAAUAAUAGUAAGUCUUCUCUUGACUAA